AUGCCGGCAACCAAAACCACCACCCCACGCCCGUCAGGGCCGUCCGGCCUCACACGCGGCUACCUUUUCACGUACAACACCGCCAAUCUCCUCGCCUGGGGCACCUGCAUUGCUUAUACUGCAAGCCUGCUCCCUGCUGCCCUAGCAUCCAACAGCCUCCCCACAGUUUUCAACCAAACCUUCAACCCGCUCCUGCUCGCGACGCAGUCCCUCGCCCUCUUGGAGGUCGUGCACAGCCUGGUGCGGCUCGUGCGCGCACCUUUCAUCACAACUGCUAUGCAAGUUGCGUCACGUCUGCUGGUAGUGUGGGGGAUUUUGGCGCCGUUUGGCGGAGAGAUUGUUGGCGCGAAGGGAGCGCAGGCGGGCGAUUAUGCGUAUAUGGGGUGCGUCGCGGCCUGGGGCAUUACCGAGGUGAUUCGGUACGGGUUCUUCGCUAUUACGCUUUCUGGCGGCAGUGUGCCGGCGUGGUGGACCUGGUUGAGGUAUAACACUUUCUACGUGCUCUACCCGAUUGGUAUCUCCAGCGAGUGCACGCUCAUUUUCAAGGCGCUGGGCCCUGCGGGCGAGCUGAACCCGCUCUAUCGGUACUUCCUGAUUGCUGUGCUUGUGAUCUAUGUGCCUGGCUCCUACGUCCUGUACACGCACAUGAUCGCCCAGCGCCGUAAGGUGCUUCGAGGCAAGAGGCGCGCGGAUUAA